ACCAGUCCAUGGACAUGGUCCACCCAUGGUCCGCGCGCCCCACCCCCACGCCUCCACUACCGCCUGUCCCUUUCGUCCACCACCAGUCCACCACACAGCGGCCGGAGCCUUGCCGUGGUAGCUAGUCCGGCCAGCCGCCCGAAUCUCCCACCACCCAGCAGCUGCAGCAGCAGCAGCAUUCGUGCUCCCCUAGACUUCCUCUCUCUCGCGUCGCGCUCGCCUUCGCCUUGGCUUGGCUUGGCUUGCCCUACCUACCGGCCAAACCAACGGCGGGCGGGAAGGGAAGGAAGAGGAGAGGAGGAGGAAGGCCGCGUGCGUGCUUGCUUGCUUGCGCGCGUGCGUCGCCGCUUUGAUUGCUAACCACCGUUGCUGCUCCACCGAAUAUUCAUUCCCCCGCGAUUUUAUCCGUUCCCCCGUUGGUUUUCUCCGUUGUUGCGGGAGGGAAUUGUGUUGUUCUGUUGUAGUAGUAGUAGUAAUAGCCCAUGAGAUAUUUUGGAUCCUGGUGCGGCGCUGGUUCUGGUUCUGGUUCAGCGUGGUGGUUUAAACCGAGAAGAAGUCAAAUUGGCGCAUAGUUUUUAUUAUAUGGGCGGAUCGGAAGAAGUGGCCCAAGGCUCCGACGGCGCGCGAGUUGCUGUGGUGGUUGUGGGAGCCCCCGUCGGCGACGACUCCGCCGCUCCUCCGCCCGCGGCUGCAGCUGGAGCAGCCCCGGCGGUGACCCCCGGCGAGGAGGCGGCUAAGCGGGAGUCCUUGUUGGCGGCGGCGGCGGCGGCGGCGGCUGCUGAGUGCAAGCAGGAGGCAGCGGCGGCGGCGACGGGGUUGCAGGCCAUGGCGGUCACCGUGGCGCGGGACGUCGAGGCGGGCGGCCUGGACGCCAGCACCAGCGGGGCCGCGGACGAGAAGCCCUCGUGGUUCACCCCUAAGAGAUUACUUGUGAUGUUCUGCCUCAUCAACAUGCUAAACUAUGUUGACCGGGGUGCAAUAGCAAGUAAUGGUGUGAAUGGUAGCCGCCAAAGUUGUACUGGUGGCACAUGCACAUCAGGUUCUGGAAUUCAGGGUGAUUUCAAUCUGAACAAUUUUGAAGAUGGUGUGCUAUCAUCAGCAUUUAUGGUUGGGUUGUUGAUUGCUUCGCCCAUAUUUGCAUCAUUGGCAAAAAUACACAAUCCUUUCAGGCUUAUUGGUGUUGGAUUAUUAGUCUGGACUAUUGCAACAGCUGGUUGUGGGUGCUCAUUUGAUUUCUGGUCAAUUACUAUAUGCCGCAUGUUAGUUGGUGUUGGUGAAGCAUCAUUUAUAAGUCUUGCAGCUCCAUUCAUUGAUGAUAAUGCUCCAGCAGCACAGAAAACAGCAUGGCUUGCUAUGUUCUACAUGUGUAUACCCACUGGAAUAGCGGUUGGCUAUGUUUAUGGUGGUUUGGUUGGAAAUAGUCUGCACUGGCGUGCUGCUUUCUGGGGAGAGUCGAUUUUGAUGCUUCCUUUUGUUAUUCUGGGCUUUGUAAUAAAGCCAUUAGAGCUCAAAGGAUUUAAUCACAGUGUGAAGACAAAAGAGUAUGGUGAGAUGCUCAAUCCAGAGCGGCAAGAUGAGACAAAGCAGGGUGCGUCUAUUGGAGUUGAUGGUCUUGCAGAAACGCUACCACACAAGUUCUCCAUCUCAAGUUUUGGGAAGAAAGUUCUAACCGAAAUCAAACACUUUAUGAAAGAUAUGAAAGAACUGCUCCAAGAGAAAGUCUAUGUGAUCAAUGUCUUAGGUUACAUCUCUUACAACUUUGUCAUUGGUGCCUAUUCCUACUGGGGCCCUAAGGCUGGUCAGGAUAUCUACAAUAUGGCGAGUGCAGAUAUAAUGUUUGGUGGAAUAACAAUUGUCUGUGGAAUAUUUGGGACUCUUUCAGGGGGUUUCAUUCUUGACAAGAUAGACUCAACAAUAUCUAAUGCUUUCAAGCUUCUUUCUGGUGCAACUUUUCUUGGAGCAAUAUUUUGUUUUGGUGCCUUUUGUUUCAAGAGCCUUUAUGGAUUCAUACCCUUCUUUUCAGUAGGAGAGCUUUUGGUCUUUGCAACUCAGGCCCCAGUAAACUAUGUAUGCCUUCAUUGUGUAAAACCAAGUUUGCGGCCAUUAUCAAUGGCUAUGUCAACUGUUGCAAUCCAUAUAUUUGGUGAUGUGCCUUCUUCACCUCUUGUUGGGCUUCUUCAGGACAAAAUCCAUAACUGGAGAUCGACAGCUCUUACCUUGACAUCUAUCCUCUUCAUUGCAGCUAUAUUUUGGUUUAUUGGCAUAUUUGUCCGUAGCGUUGAUCGUUUCAACGAACAGAGUGAGCAUGAUGUCCCUGCCGUCGAGAGAUCAAACCUCAGGCCAUUGCUCGAUGAAAACGAAGAGGCACGGGCAUCUUAGUAAUCUGCGCAAUCAUUAAAUCCGUGUUUUUCUCUUGUAGAUUACUCUUGGCCGGAUUAUGUCCAUCACGCCAGGAACAUGUGAAAUGCAAAUUUGCAUGUGUAUCGGCUGUACCUGUAAAUAUAGAAGAAAGCAGAAUCUUUUGCUUUGUGAUUUUUCUUUUCUUUUUGUGUACAGACCACAGAUACAAGCAACAGAGUAUCAGAACUACUUGGUUUCUGGUGACAACAGUGUUAUGCUGUAACCUGGUUGAUUAGAAUCAUACGAAGCACAAUUUAUAUCUUCCUCCUA